AUGGGUUUCUUCGAUCACGCCGAGCGCUCCCACGAGGAGGUCUAUGAGCAGGGCCAGCAGUACCACCACGAGGCUAAGUUCUCUCACGAGGCCAUCGCCGGUGCCGCUUCCUUUGCUGGCAUGAAGGCUUGGGAGGACCACCAGCGCGCCCAGGGCAAGACCGUUAAGCACGCAUUCGCCAAGGAGGCUCUCAUGGGCCUUGUUGGUGCCGAGGUUGACAAGCUCGUUGAGACCAAGGGUCUUGAUGCCAUCGACCGCCAGAAGCUCCACCACGAGAGCAAGAAGCACGCCGAGGCCAUGUACGAUGAGCAGUACAACCGUCACGGCGGUGAUGAGUGGCACCCCCACUACGAGCCCCACCAGAGCUUCGAGCGCCGGGAGCGUUUCGAGCGCCAGUGGUAA